AUGGAAAAAUCUGCCCGACUUGAUGGUACUUUAAUGGUUUCUACCUCAUCCAAACCUCAUUAUUCACCUCCAACUAGCAAUGAGCGAACUCAACAGAUAGUGCAACUGCUUUUGCGGGAAUGCCUCCACGGAGAAUGGCCACCUGAAAGUAGCGUACCUUUGGGACAUACCAGAAUGAUCAGUCGGGGUGCCAUCUUGAGCCUCUUAGCUGAACUGGUCAAAUCCUAUCCCGGCGUAGCAUCACUAAUCUGCGAGGCUAAAGAAGAUGGGCAAAGUGUUAUUCAUCAGUUGAUAGAACAUUUUAUUGAUGGAACACAGGAUAAGGAUACCCUCGGCUCUCUAAAGACUCUUAUCUCGAUUUUGGCUGCCUGUAAUCAUUCUCCAAAAGCUCAAGAAUCGCUGGUGUCAGACAUGAAGGCUUCUCUUGUUUCUAUUGGAAGUUCGUCGCUUUCUUCUACAGCUAUUUGUAGUAAGGUAUGUUUACGAAAAAAUCUUUACAUACCAUACCAAUCCAUCUUUGUGACUUUUCGAGUUAUGAGCGUUCCAGUAGUCACUUAUCUAUUCGUUGUACAAUAGUU